CAUGUUUCCAGAACUCCGUCCUCCCAUAAAUCCCGGAGCGAGCGGCUCGGCGUGGUUUGACUCCUGGAGCUGCCGACCAUCAUGCCUCUGCCCCGACGCCGCUCAUCCUUCCUGGGACAGCCGUCCUCUGAGCGAUCCGCCCCCUCCUGUGGGCGGAUCGGCUCGGCCGUCACCGGCCCCCGCGGCGUCUUCGUGGGCUCUGCCCCCAUGGGAGGGGCCUCGUGCCUGGGGGCGCGGGUGUCCCGGCGGGCUCUGGGCAUCAGCAGCGUAUUCCUGCAGGGCAUGAGGAGCAGCGCGGCGCCGGUACUGCCCCGGGCCGGGGAGCGGGCGGCGGGUCACGGCGCCGCGGCCGGACUGAACAGCUGCCUGAUGGAGUACAGAGACAAAGUGAGAGCGCUGGAGACGCUGAACCAACAGCUGGAGGACCAGAUACGACUCUGUCUGGACCGCAAAGCAUCCAGCGCCGGAGCCUGGGGGCCCCUCAGGAGGGAGUGGGAGGAGGUCUACAGACAGGUCAGUGAAGCGAUCCUGGACAACGCUCGGCUGAUGCUGCAGACGGAGAACGUUCAGGCCAACGCUGAGGACUUCAAGGACAGGUUCGAGAACGAGCAGCCGUUCAGGAAGGCGGUGCAGGAGGAGAUCAGCUCUCUGUACAAAGUGAUCGACGACGCCGACCUGACGAAGGCGGAGCUCCAGGAGCAGAUGGAGAACAUGAGAGCAGAGCUACGAGACCUGGAGCUCAACCACGAGCAGGACGUGCGAGUCCUCUACAGUCAGAUGGCAGGGCGUGAGGUGGACGAACCUGACGCUCCCAUAGAAACCAGUCUGGACCAGAUCCUGGCCUACAUCAGGAGCCACUGGGAGAAGGUGACAGAGAGGAACCGAGCCGAGACGGACAGCUACCUGGAGUGUAAGGAGGCGCAGUGUGUGAGCAGCAGACUGAGUCCAGAGGAGGAGCAGGUGGAGGCGCUGAAGGCCGAGUGCAACGACACCGGCUGCAAGAUCCAGAGUCUGCAGGCCGAGACCGAGUCCAUCAGAGCGCUAAGGCGUGGUCUGGAGAACUCCCUGGGCGACGCCCGUCACUGGCACCAGGUGGAGCAGCAGAACUUGGGCUCUGUGGUCAACAAGCUGGAGGCGGAGCUUAACGACGUCCACGGAGACAUCGAGCAGCAGCGCCGCGACUACGACACGUUGCUUAGCAACAAGCAGCGCCUGGAGCAGGAGAUCAGCAUCUACCACGGCAUCCUGGACGGAGAGGAGAACCCGUGUCCAGGUCUGCAUUCAGAGACUGAGGGAGCCACCAGUGCUUCUGCUGCUCCAGGACCUCCAGGACAAUGAUCCAGGUGGAGGAUCUGAGGAGCAGACUGAAGGGGAGGAGUUUCUACCUGAUGACGUGUGAAGGUGUGAGUGAUGCUGAGAACCUGCAGCAGAAGUGUGAAUGUGGUCCUCAGGUAAACCAGGUCCCAGAACACCUGAGGACCCGUCCUGAAAGGGUCCUCAUGUAAACCAGGUCCCAGAACACCUGAGGAACAUAUGAUGUCACUUUAUGAGUUCCGAGGGUUCCCUGAAUGCACCGUUAAGGAGUGACCACCUCACAAAGGAUUGUGGGAUACUAAGGAGCUGACCUUUGAUGAGCAUACAUCAGAGUUAAGGUGAAUAAAUCAAACUCCCCUUCAGUGAGACGGGUGUGUUGGCCUGAUGACAUCAUGGCCAGUGAGUCAUGUGACGCUUGUUCUUCUUCUCUUGAUGUUUCUGAGUAACUUUGAGGAUAUUGAUUUGAAUCAUUCAGUGACAUAAAUAAAAUAAACCUUUUCAAACGUAAUGUGUCAGAUUUUCUCCUGAAGAACGCUGCGUUUUAUUAUAAACUUUAAUAAAAAGCUCAUUAACAUAAAACAUAUUGAUUAGGAUGAUGUCAUGAUGGAGAUUUGUACGUUUGAAUUUUGGAAAUGAAAAGAUAUUAAAGUCCAUAAUGGAGUCUGGCUGUUUUGUUUCUGAUCACUGUAUGAAGCUGGAUUGAUCAGUGAUCAAUAACAUUCAUUGUUCACACACGAUCAGACGGUUCAAUCAGGAAACAGCAGCCUCUUUAAUGAUCCACAAAUCAAUCAAUCAAUCAAUCAAUCAAUCAAUCACCACUGUUAUUACGGAGGCUGCAGAGCGACAAAUCAAUAACCUCAGAUAUUGAUCCAUAUUAAUCAUAUGACAUUUCAGUAUUCAUGUUCAUGGCCUUCAUCAGGUCACGUGAUCCCAGCUGAACCGUCUCCGUGACAACAGAGAUCAAUGCUGAGGUAGCCGAAAGCUCUGGGAGGUUUUCAUAGACAGUAAUGCAGAUCAAUAAUCAAUAUAUUGACAUUCAUUGAUUAAGUCUCAUCAGACACAAUGUAACAACAUCAAAGGAUUAUUAAGACAUGAUGAUCCCGGUUCCUCCUCCAGCACCACGGUCACAUGACAGGAUAUUAUGGUCUGUCCCAUACAUGGACGCUCAGCAGGACAAAGACGAAGACAAAGCGUCCCCGGUGACGGUUACCAUGGAGACCACAGCUCUGUCCUCACACUGGUCCCCAACAUGUUGGUGUUAGCAUGUUAGCAUCUAUCAGAUUAGCAUCCACAUGUUUGACUUCCUCAGUAGCCCCCUUUAAGAUGAACCACCAUGUAGAUGACCGGAGGAGGUCCGUCCGACGCCACGGC